CUUUGAACGGUAUCGGAACGGAAAAUCCGCGCUUCGCUUUCCCGGACAGCUGUCUGUGAGGCCUACUGAGGUGAAGUGGGGUGAGUGAGUAGUGAGGUGACCACCACAGCUGGAAGCUGUAUGACGCGACCGAAGUGAAGGAAAACUGUCGCAAUCGAAACGUCAAACUGAAGAGAAGCGCUGAAGCCCCGGGGGGAGGGAUAAUCAAGUGUGUGAUUAAAGCGGCCAGUUUACUGCGAGUGUUAUUCCUCUUAUCCUGUCCAUUUUCAGAUUUCGUGGAAAUUAGUGCGAAACAAGCAAAAGGAUAACAACAAUAGGCUGUCAUCGUGAAGGUCGAGAAGCUGAAGUGAAUACAAACAGCUCCGAAGGCUAAGGCGAGAGGAAUUGUGGUGUAAAAUUGUGAGUGUGCGUUUUUUGUUGUUGUUGCAGAGUAGUUCUAAGGCUUUCAUCAGCAAGAAAACGGCCCUUUUGUUGUGACGUUUCUCUCGUUGGUCGUGACGGUAGGGCUUGAAAGAAAAAAAAAAGUGUUACAGUUGUAACUGCGGAGGAAAAAAGUGAAAAGCCUUUGAAGAGUGUGCGCUGUUGCUGAACAAACGCUGUACAGGACGGACGGAUGGAUUAAAACCGUGCACGACCAACGUAGAGACCGCUAAUAGCAGGAGAACCCCAAAACCUAAGUGUGUGCCAUUACCACCACAUUGCACCACGGCGACCGUAACGCUUGCGAGGGAUAAUUAAACGCAGAACACGCAGGAGGCUAUGGAAACCACGACCAGAGCGAGCAUCGGGUGAAAGUGCAAAUCGGCGUAAAAUAUCGCGCUGCUAUGAUGUGUAAUCGAAAACGGGGCAGUAGGCGGUGGUGAAAAAAACAGCGCCAUUAUUGCCACACGAAGCUACGGCGGUGUGUUAUCGGUCGGUCGGUCGAGUGCCGGUGGAGUGUUUAUCGGUGAUUUUCGGGUGGGUGGACAGCUGUUUGGAUAGUCAACAGCAGUGCGUCACAGCAGUGAGUGGUUUUUCCGGCCCCGGGUUCACUUUGAAAGUGAUGGGUUGCGGUGCAUCCGUGAAUCGAGUGAAGUUUCCAGCUGAUAAAUAUUUACUCUCGAAGCAUGGAUACGAGUGACAGGGAAGCGGCAAAAAACUCUAACCAAACAUUUGUUUAACUACUAUCAGAACCAUCAGCAGCUGUCAGUUUGUGUGUACUAACAAACGAUGACAGCAGCCGAUUGAACGUAGAAACACAGAGUCGCAACAAAACACGAGCAAACAUCGUAAAUCAGGGACCAGAAAACUUCAGGCCCAAACAUGUCUCUCACCGUGCGAAUCAACAAGUUCCAGCUGCCGAAGGCAAAAUCCAACCUGCUCGGGCGGGUUGAAUUCCGAGGUGUAGCCCACACAACAACCGAGCUGAACUGCAGCAGUGAAUUUGUCGAUGUUAACCAGAGCUUCAUCUGGCCUUUGGCCCGACCGGCCGACGAGGACGAGGCAGUGAUUGUCGAGCUGCGGCAGCAGACAACCAAGAUUCUGCUCAAAACCGGCAUCGGAGGGUCGGCCACGAGUCGCGGCGGCAGCCGGGGAACAAUUACCAGCAGCACAAAAAUUAUCGGCCGCUUCGUGCUGCUAAUGCAAGGUCUGCUGCAGGAAAACCGACUUCACAUUCAGGAUCGCCUUGUUGACCUCUCCAACAAACCAAUUGACGCCUUCGUCAGUUUCGAUGUCAGCUAUCAAAGUCCGGACGAUGAGGCAGGUAAUUUCGACUCGUCCCACGUGGUCAAGAGUUUGCACCAAAAGUCUAGCAGCAUCGAUGACGAUCAGCAAAUGCUGCUGGAUAUCGAGCAGAAUAUUGCCAAUCUGGAGAAGAGUUUAAAAAAGGGUGCAUCGAGUUCCGGUGGGAGAAGUAGUGGUGGUGGCGAUGGUAGAGCAAUGCGUAAAGUGAGUGACACCGGUGAAGAAGCAGCAGCACCUGCUUCCAGCAGCAAACCGAACAUCCUGAAACGGGUAAUGUCUUCCGGAUCGACUUCUCUGCACGAGAAGAGUCAGAAUCCAGCGGCCAAGUACGAUCGCGCUACCUCGGACAACGAAUCAUCCUCGAAACCGGUCCGCUCGAUUGCGGAUAAGAAAGUGACGCUGCGAACGGUGAGAAACUUCAUGAAGCUCGGUCGAUCUCGGCAUCCGUCGAGGGAAAGCCGUGGUGAUAGUAGCACGGAAGACGAAGGUCGCUCGUUGAUCACGGAUUCCGAGGAUGCCUUAGGAGGUCCGGCGAGUUCUGGGCAGCAAAGCCACCGGACGCACACCAAUGAACCGUCAACGGCUGUGACCAGCCCAAGUACAGUCGGUGGAACCGGGCAGCCGGGUUAUGAGAACCUUUCGCAGGCUGGAAGUACCCACUCGAAUGCCUCCAGCGAUGGUGAAGAGACCACCAACAACGAGAAGUUGAAAAAAAUAAAAAAUCUAGCGAAAUGCAACGAUCAUCUAAAGUCACAGGACUUCCAGGUUUGUGUCACCAUCAUCGAAGCUCGACAGUUGCCCGGGUUAAACAUGGAUCCCGUCGUGUGCAUCCAAGUAGGCGAUCAAAAAAAGUACACCAGCGUUAAGGAGAGCACCAACUGUCCGUACUACAAUGAGUAUUUUGUGUUCGACUUCCACAUGCCACCGGUGAUGUUGUUCGACAAAAUCAUCACACUGUCUGUGAUACACUCACGUAAAUUUAUGCGCUCCGGAACGGUGGUCGGUUCGUUCAAAAUCGACCUGAAAACGGUGUACGACGCUCCGGACCAUCAGUUCUACCACAAGUGGGCGCUGCUGACCGACCCGGAGGAUCUGGUGUCAGGCCCGAAGGGCUACCUGAAGUGCGACGUCGGAAUCAUCGGCAAAGGUGACACGGUCAAAGUUCCUCCCAAGUCCGAGAAGGAUCCCGAUGAUAUUGAAGCGAACCUCCUGCUCCCAGAUGGAGUCCCAAUCGAGCGACAGCGGGCGAAGUUUAUUGUUAAGAUCUACCGAGCGGACGGGCUUCCGCGGAUGAACUCUUCGCUGAUGGCGAACGUCAAGCGAGCUUUCACCGGUGAAACCAAAGAUCUUGUUAACCCGUACGUGCAGGUCUCAUUUGCCGGACUUUCGGGUAAAUCGAGCGUCAAGAAAGCUUCCUACAAUCCGGUCUGGAACGAGCAGCUGGUGUUCACGGAAAUGUUCCCUCCGCUGUGCCAGCGGAUCAAGAUUCAACUGCGUGAUGCGGAUCCGAUGAAGCCCUCGAUUAUCGGGACGCACUACAUCGAUUUGAAGCAGAUUUCGAACGAUGGCGAGAAAGGUUUCCUUCCGACUUACGGACCAUCUUUCGUGCAUUUGUACGGUUCCACCCGGGACUACAAUCUGAUCGAUCAGAACUCCAAUCUCAACACGGGACUGGGUGAGGGCGUCAGCUAUAGGGCGCGGCUGCUGAUAGCGAUUCGAACGGAAAUCACUGAUAACGUGGAACUUCUGACGGAUAAAAAUGUGGAACUGGAGUCUACGCUUCCGAUAUCGGAGUCCUCAUACUGCAAACACGAUGACUUCUUCAUGUUCGGCAGUGUCCUCGAGGCGUCGAUGAUCGACCGGAAGGUGUGCGAUCGACCGGUUUACUUCGAACUGAGCAUGGGCAACGCGGGGAACUCCUUGGACGGGCACAACGAGAGUGCGGCCAACCUGAGCGAUGACGACGAGCUGGAGACGGUGGAUACGACCUCGUACAGCAGUACAACAAGUGCCUCGAAGCCGAUUUCGCACGACAAAAACCACUUCUUCCUGCCCUACUGGGACAACAAACCGUGCAUGGAUGUGCGCUGCUCGUUUCCGGAUCUACGUCGGAGGAUGUAUAAUAGUAACAUGAUUGGGAAAAUCACCGAACGGAUGGAGAUUGGGCUAGCGGAAACAAACCUGCUGAUUGAGGAUGAAGAUCCGACGGCGGAGGUGAAGUUGCGCUCGGUACUGGAGGAGGUGGCGACCAGCUGUAAUAAGUACGUUUCGAUUACGAAGGGGGCGUUGGUGGGACCAGGGACGGGUAAGACCAAGCUGGACAAGGAACGGAUGAAACUUUGUUUGCGAGAGGUGGAGUCGAUUGGGAAUAUGUCCCGCAAUCUGCGGGCGCUCGUGACGAAGAGUUCGAUGAAGGAACGCUACAAAACGGCACACAGUUACUUGGGGAAGUUGCGGUUCUUGGUUGAUGAUCCGCAGCAUGCGCUGCCGGAUGUUUUUAUCUGGAUGAUAGCGAACGGCAAACGAGUUGCGUAUCAUCGGAUCAGUGCGAGGGAUCUAAUCUAUUCGACCGUGGAGGAGGAAACUGGAGUUUGCUGCGGGAAAGUGCAGACGAUUUUCUUGAAAUUGCCUGGAAAACUAUCGGAAGGUCCAGCAGGAUGGCAAGUACGAGCCAAGUUACACAUUUAUCUCUGGUUGGGAGUGUUGAAGCACAAGAAGUACUUCUUUUCGGGGCUUCCGCGUGGAUUUGAACUGUCCUAUGAGCUGCAGAACUCCGAGAAGUCUAACCUUUCAGCCCCAUCGGAGGUUCGUUACGUGGAGAAGCACGCCUUUCAGAUGCGGGCCCACGUCUACCAAGCUCGCUCGUUGAUCGGCUCGGAUGCGUCGGGUUUGAGCGAUCCAUACGCUACGGUUUACGUGACGGAGUUCUCCCGUACUACGCAGGUUAUCGAGGAGACGUUGAGUCCCACCUGGGACGAGCUGCUGCUGUUUGACGAAAUUGUGAUUUAUGGAGCGAAGGAUGAGAUAAAGAAGGAUCCUCCGACGAUUGUGGUGGACAUCUACGACCAGGACAAAGUUGGGAAAUCCGAGUUUAUCGGCCGAGCGCUGGCGAAGCCAAGAAUCAAACUGAAAGACAAUCACUACCAAAAUCCUGUGCUGGAGUGGUUCGAAAUCACCCGCGGCCUGGAUGGUGCUGGAGAGCUGCUGGCUGCUUUCGAAAUGCUAGAACUAGGAUCGGACGAUAUUCCUAGACUAACGGAUCCGAAAUACAUCGCCACCGAAUUCCGAGGUGACAAAACGGGACCUUCCACGAUGACAAUUCUUCCGGUUCCACGAGAGGUACGCCCGAAUUUGGCUCGCUUCCGAAUCGAGGUACUUUUCUGGGGUCUUCGUGACGUCAAACGGGUUCAUUUUAUGACCGUCGACAAACCUCGGAUCGACAUCGAGUGCUCUGGCCGUAUCUUGAACUCGAGUAUAAUUCAAAAUGCGAAGAAGAACCCCAACUUUGCCAACAUGUUGAAGUUUAUGGAUUUGGAGCUGCCACUGGAGGAGCGUUACGCUCCUCCCAUCACGAUUCGAGCUGUCGAUUGUCGGUCUUUCGGACGCUACACCCUGGUGGGGACCCACCAGAUAACGUCCAUCCACAAGUACAUGCAUCGGCCACCUCCGAAGGAGGAAACCAGACGCGCCAAUCAAUGCGGACAAAUAGUCCUCUCGCGACAAACCGACCUGCUGCCGAAUAGUACAACCCUACCCGGCGAUAGCGCCCUAAUGCACUCCAUCUCCGGCGAAAAUCUAACCCUGUACGGUGCAGCUUGCGUCAGCAAGUUUGCCAAAGGCAAAAAAAGCAAGAAAAAGCUCGAACACGAAGACACGUACGACACGGAUGACGACGACGAAUCUAGCAAAGACUGGUGGACCAAAUAUUUCCUCUCCUACGAAAAACUAAUCGAAUCAUCGAAACCGGCAACCAAUUUCCGCGGGCUGGAGAACCACAUCGGCUCCGGAGCCGAAAGUGGUGGCAAAAAGCUGGGCGUCAAAACUUCCAAACUUGUCUCGAAGCUCAGCCCGAAGACGACGCCGAAAAAAAUCGUCAACCCAAACACUGCCAGCUGCCAAAUCUAUCCGUGCGAGCUGGAAACACUGCCGGAGUACAACAACUUCAAGGAGUGGCUGCUAUCGUUUCCCCUGUAUCGAGGUAAGAAAACUGGUGACAGCACGGAGGACGAGAAUCGUAUUGUGGGCUUCUUCAAGGGUGCCAUCAAAGUGUACAAACUUCCGAUCGAGAAGGGCAUGGAACCGGCGUUCGCACCUACGCUCCCACUGAACGAUCCAAUUCACGUCCUAGUUCGAGUGUACGUGGUAAAAGCAACCGAUUUACAUCCGAUGGAUUUGAAUGGGAAAGCCGAUCCGUACGUAGUGCUCCAACUAGGCAGCAAACGGGUCUCCGAUAAGGAAAACUAUGUCAGCAAACAGCUUAAUCCGGUGUUCGGUAAGUGCUUCGAAAUCGAAGCCACCUUCCCGCAGGACUCGAUGCUGACAGUGCAGAUCUACGACUGGGAUCUGGUCGGAUCGGACGAUCUGAUCGGAGAAACCCGAAUCGAUCUGGAGAAUCGAUUCUACAGCAAACACCGCGCUUUGUGUGGAAUCGCUGCACGAUACGAAGACACUGGCUACAACCAAUGGCGUGAUCCGAUGAAACCAACACAGAUUCUGACCAAACUGUGUAAGGAAAAUAAACUGGAACCGCCACAGUACCUGCAGGAUCGGGUAACGAUAGGACGGUACUGUUUUACCUUCAGCCACGAGGAAAUUCAGGCUUGGAACAGUCCAACGACGUGCAAGUUUCGCGAUGAACACCUGGCGCUAGCGGUUCUACACCGCUGGGAAGAGGUUCCGCGAGUUGGUUGUAAGAUUGUUCCUGAACACAUCGAGUCUCGAUCGCUGUACAGCAGCGACAAACCAGGAAUUGAGCAGGGCAAGCUAGAGAUGUGGGUCGAUAUGUUUCCGAUGGAUAUGCCGCUGCCCGGUCCACCUGUGGACAUUUCUCCCAGAAAGCCUAAAUCUUACGAGCUGCGCAUUGUGAUCUGGAAUACCGACGACGUUGUGCUGGAAGAUGAUGCGUUCUUCACUGGCGAGAAGAUGUCUGAUAUUUACGUUAAAGGAUGGCUCACUGGACCACAGGACAUCCAAGCGACGGACAUCCACUACCGUUCGCUGACGGGAGAAGGAAACUUCAACUGGCGUUUCAUUUUUCCCUUCGAUUAUCUUGCGGCGGAAGAACGAAUUGUUCUCUCUCGAAAGGAAUCACUCUUCAGUUGGGACGAAACGGAGGUCAAAAUUCCAGCUCGCCUCGAGCUGCAAGUUUGGGAUGCAGAUCACUUUUCGGCGGACGAUUUUCUGGGAGCGAUUUCUUUGAAUCUAAACCGAUUCCCGAGGGGAGCGAAAUCUUCCAAACUUUGUACGCUCGAUAUGCUGAAGACGGAGAACGUUCCGAUGGUGAACAUUUUCAAGCAGAAACGGGUUCGCGGCUGGUGGCCGUUUUUUAUCAAGAAGGAGAACGAUGAGAUGGAAUUGACCGGUAAAGUCGAGGCGGAAAUUCACCUGCUAACGAAGGAGGAAGCGGAGAAGAAUCCCGCCGGCUAUGGUCGGAAUGAACCGGAUCCUUUGGAGAAACCCAAUCGCCCGGAUGCGUCGUUUAUGUGGUUCCUGAACCCGCUCAAAUCGAUCCGGUACAUCGUCUGGCACAACUACAAAUGGCGCAUCAUCAAGGGCCUCAUCAUCAUCGGGUUGGCCAUCCUGUUGCUGCUGUUUUUCUACGCCAUCCCGGGCUACUCGGUGAAGAAGAUGCUCGGAGCGUAAGCCGGCGGCCGGUUUUGGGUUUGUUUUUUUGUUUAUUUAUUUCUGAUUUUUUUUAACAAUGAGACUUAAAAAUGACCAGGUUUUUUGCAAGGGGGGAGAAGAAAUAGUCAAAGUUAGUAACAUCGAACCGUUUUACGCAUAUCAGUAUUAGACCACCACAAGGGGAAACAGUUUUAAUUAGGAGAGGAUUAAAAACUUUCGAUCAGAUUGUUGCGGACAAAUUUUACGAGUAGGAGAGUGUAAAUAUUCUUUCUAGCUAACUUUUUCGCACACAUUUAUUCAUAUUCCAUAUUAUCUAUUGCGUCAAGCAAAACAGAGUCCAAUAGAAAUCAAUUAUCUUCAAAAUGUUACAAUCGUGUGAAAUCUAGUGCUGAGACAGAGAUGAAAUCAAUCGUUAAGAGACGUAUUUUUCUCAUAUUCUAAACUAUCAUCGGGCUUUCUAGUGAAUAUAGUUAGUGAAAAGUGUAAAAAUCCGCACACCACCAGAAACUUUUAACACUCACACAAACAUACAGUCGUAGCUUCGCCUAUAGGAGAAUGUUUCAAAUCGCUCAAAUCAAAGGGGCUCCUAAUCAGACCAAUUACUUAAAAACUGUUUGAAUCUAGUUACUACAGCAAACAAUCACACCUUUUACACCAAACCGAAGAGCCGGAACGGCGGCAGCGUCAUUCUAUUCCUAUUCUUUUGAUAACUAAAAUUGUUAAACCCUAUUUUUCCACCCAAAAAAAAAAAACAGGCGCCCUACGGAUGAAAGUCAACACCAACAAAACAAAGCACAAGACAAACUUUCCUCCCAACGAUGAGAAAGAAAAAAUAUCCACCUUGUUGAAUAUUCUCAAAUAUUUUCUCUUGAACCGUAAUUUGUUAAUAAUACCAAGAUAUUUAAUAUUUUAACGAACACAUUUACACAAGGUAAACACAGUAACAGAAUAGAUAAUAAAUUGAACUAUCAGAAAAAAAAACUCA